CUCCUUCUUUAUCAAAAUUCAAAACUUUUAAAAAGACAGAACAAAAAAAAACAACAACACAAACAAUAAGAAUUUUUCUCGAAUUCAUGGACCACAAUAACUACUAAUUCUUCUUCUUCUUCUCUAUGAUCUCCUUUGCUUCCUCUUUUCUGGGUAUCUAAAAAAAUUCAAUCUUUUUUCUAUGUGUGUGGCGAAAAUGGAGAAUAAUAUUAGCUGUAUUGGGUUUGAAGGCGGGUCGAGAAGAUUUGGUGAGAGUAAACGAAUCAUUGGUUUGGUUGAUACAGUUACUGAGUCCACUACUACUGAUUCAAGUCUUAGCAGCUCAAGUUGCGGUGCUGGAUCGAGCUCCGGGAGAUCUGUUUCAUCUCCGUCAUCUCCUCCGACGAAAUCACAGAUCCUUGGAUGGCCGUUAGGGCAAGGUUCUUGGAGGAAGAGUUCUGGUGAAAUGAAGAAGAAAACUCCGACUAAAAUCGAUGAUUUUGGGUUUAAGAGAGUUGGAACAGACACUUCAGAAAUUGAGUUGUUGAAAGAGAGAAUGGCCAAGUUGUUGCUUGGUGAAGACAUGUCUGGUUCUGGUGAAGGAGUUUGUCCUGCUUUGGCUAUUUCUAACGCCAUUACCAAUCUUUAUGCUGCAAUAUUGGGACAACAAUGGAGGCUAGAGCCAAUCCCAAGUGAGAAAAAAUCCAUGUGGAGAAGAGAAAUCGAAGUUCUUCUCUCUGUUAGUGAUCACAUUGUUGAAUUGGUACCUUCCUUUCAGAACGUCCCCAAUGGAAACAAGAUUGAGGUGAUGAAUUGCAGACCAAGAUCAGAUCUCUUUACUUGUCUUCCUGCUCUUCGGAAGCUAGACAAUAUGCUUAUUGAAAUAUUAGAUAGUUUUGGAGAAACAACAGAGUUCUGGUACGUUGAUCAAGGGAUUGUAGCUGCGGAAUCUGCAAGGGCUAACUCUUUCCGUGAAGACGGAGACAAAUGGUGGCUUCCUCUGCCGCGUGUGCCAUCCGAUGGACUCACCGAGCAAUCUAGGAAGAAACUGGAUCACACUCGUGAAUUCACUAACCAAAUCUUGAAAGCUUGUAUGUCAAUCAACAGCAUUGCUUUAGCUGAUAUGGAGGUUCCACAAUCAUACCUUGAAGCUCUACCAAAGAACGGGAGAUCAUGCCUUGGCGAGUUUCUAUAUAGAAACAUCACAUCGGAUAACUUCUCAGUGGAUCACUUGCUUGAGUCAAUAGAUCUUUCAUCCGAGCACGCGGUUGUAGAAAUGGUGAAUCGAGUUGAAGCAUCUAUGUACGUGUGGAGGCGUAGAGCUCACUCGAGGCAUAUGAUUUCUCUGUAUCGAUCCACAAGUACAAGAUGGGGGAUGAUAGUGAAGGAGAUGAUGAUGCAUCAAACCGAUGGUGACAAAAGGGAAAUAUUUGCGGAGAGAGCAGAAAGCUUACUGAUCCGUCUCAAGCAACGUUUCCCGGGACUUAGACAAACAGCUUUAGACACAAGCAAGAUCCAAUACAACAAGGAUGUAGGGAAGUCUAUACUUGAGAGCUACUCAAGGGUAUUAGAGAGUUUGGCAUAUAGCAUUGGUGUACGCAUAGAGGAAGUGUUGUUUAUUGAUGACAUAAGCAAAGAUGAUGGUGAUGAUGGUUCUUGUUCAGACAAAUGGAGAUUGUUGUCUAAAGAAUCAGCUAAUGGUGGCUCAGGCUCUCUAAGGAAGAAACUUUCUGCGCCAUCGUUGUUCUCUGUGUCAUUCUCAGGCACGUCAACUCCAUACAGAAUUCCAUCAUUCUCAGCAUCAACUCCAAGUUAUUCACCAAUGCCGUUGAUAAGCCCCAUCAACGGAGGAAGAGGAGAAAGAGCUCCGUUUCUCUCUGGGAGGAACAUUAGGGAACGUUGUGGGUUUGGUCCAAAGAAAGCAUUGGCUAAUUAUCUCCGGGGUUGAGUUUUAACUAAGGAAUUAGGAUUUUUAUUCUGCUUUUUAUCAUCGAGUUAAAAGCUUAUUUAAUUCUUUUAUUUUCUAGUAUCUCUUGUCCUUUGAUCUACGUACACUUGAUGUUGCUAUUUGAAUGACAUAUGUGAUAUGUUAUAUAUUUUGAAGUGAUUUUGAUA